AUGGUCACAAAUGAAAACCUUCAAUAUAUGGGGAUUAUUUGGUUACUUCGUCAUUUUGGAUGGACCUGGGUUGGGCUCCUGGUUGUGGAUGAUGGCAGUGGAGAUCAUUUCUUGCAGGUCAUGGAAUCACUGCUUUCGAAGAACCGAAUUUGUUCAGCUUUCAUAGAAAGAAUCCCAAACCAAGGCCAUUUUCAUGCCAUUGAUGAACUUAGUAUUAAGGCCCAACGUAUUUAUCUGCCUUUCAUGGAUGAGAAAGCUAGAACAUGUGUUGUCUAUGGAGAAACUAUGACUGUUAUGUGGCUUAUCGCUUUAAUUGUUAUAGCAGAUCCUGAAUAUAGGGAAAACACAUCUGUUGGAAAGGUAUGGGUCAUGACAGCCCAGAUUGAUUUUGCAGUAACUGGUAUGAUACAGGGUUGGGAUUUUGAAAUAUUUGAGGGAACAAUUUUCUUUGCUGUUCAUUCAAAUGAACCUCCAGAGUUCCAGGCAUAUCUUCAGAAUUUGAGAUUUUACAGUAUACAAGGAGAUGGUUUUGUCAAGGACUUCUGGGAGCAGGCAUUCAACUGUUCAUUUCCAAAUCCUAAGGUUCCAGCAAAAGUUGAUAACUCAUGUACUGGGGAGGAGAAGCUGGAUACUCUUCCUGGAGCUGUUUUUGAAAUGCGCAUGACUGGCCACAGUUACAGUAUCUAUAAUGCCGUCUAUGCUGUGGCACAUGCUUUACAGACCAUGUAUUCAUCUAGAUCCAAACACAGAGCAGUAAUGAAUGGCAAGAGAUUUGAACUUCAAGAUCUCCAGCCCUGGCAGCUCCACCCAUUUCUUCAAGGCAUUUCAUUUAACAACUCAGCUGGAGAAACAGUGUCCUUUAAUGAAAACGGAGAAAUGGCAGCUGGAUUUGAUAUAAUGAACAUGGUUAUGUUUCCAAACAAAUCUUUCCAAAAAGUGAAAAUUGGAAGGUUGGAUGCAAGUGAAGGACAAGGAUUCUUCAUUGCUGAUUAUAUGAUUGUGUGGAACAGGCGUUUUAAACAGGUGUGUCCCCUCUCUGUGUGUACUGCUUCCUGCCAGGCUGGAAAACAGAAAAAAAGUAAGGAAGGGGAAAAAUUCUGCUGCUAUGAUUGCGUUACAUGCCCAGAAGGGAAGAUUUCAUACCAAAAGGAUACGGAUGACUGCUUCAAAUGUGGAGAUGAUCAGUAUCCAAACAAGAACCACGAUCAAUGUAUUUCAAAAACUAUAAUUUUUCUGUCCUAUGUAGAAGCUUUAGGGAGUGCUUUAGCCUCAGUUGCUAUUUUUUUUGCCCUCAGCACAGCAUUGGUGCUGGGAAUUUUUAUUAAGCACAAAGAUACUCCCAUAGUCAAAGCCAACAACCGGGACCUCACCUAUAUUCUCCUCAUCUCCCUCCUGCUCUGCUUCCUCUCUUCCUUGCUAUUCCUUGGACAACCGGGGAAAGUGACCUGCCUUCUACGACAACCAACUUUUGGCAUCAUCUUUUCAGUGGCUGUUUCUUCUGUGAUGGCUAAGACCAUCACGGUGGUUGUGGCUUUCAUGGCCACCCAUCCUGGGUCCAGCAUGAGGAAGUGGGUGGGAAAAAGACUGUCCAACUCCAUCGUUCUUUCAUGUGCUCUUAUCCAAACAGGUAUUUGUUGUGUGUGGCUGGCAACCUCUUCCCCAUUCCCAGAUUUUGACAUGCAUUCAGUGACUGUAGAGGCCAUCGCUGAAUGCAACGAAGGGUCUGUCAUCAUGUUUUAUUUUGUUCUGGGCUAUAUGGGACUUCUGGCCAUCAUCAGCUUCUCCGUGGCUUUCCUUGCUAGGAAGUUGCCGGACAGUUUUAAUGAAGCCAAGUUCAUCACCUUCAGCAUGCUGGUGUUUUGCAGCGUUUGGUUGUCUUUUGUUCCCACCUACCUGAGCACCAAGGGGAAAUACAUGGUAGCUGUGGAGAUCUUCUCUAUCUUAGCCUCAAGUGCUGGGAUACUUGGAUGUAUCUUUCCCCCAAAAUGCUAUAUUAUUCUGAUUAAGCCUGACUUGAACAACAAAGAGCAGCUAAUAAGGAGGAAAAACUACAGAAAUCUAAAAAUCUGA